ACAGAGGGCGCUGAGUUUCGAAGAUCCUGUGCGCUUUCAGCGAACUACAACAAACACAGGGUUAAUAAUCCGAAUCCAACUGUUUAUAAUCUUGGAUAACGGAGGUCGGUGAUAAAACUACAGCAGGAACAGUGAGAUACUGCUGGAUUUUGUGGAUAUUUAGACGACUGCACAGGAAGCUAAAAAACGGGGUGUACCGUCAACACUGCCUAUGAUGGUUAAAGUUUGAUACGUAGUUUCGUCCCAAGUGAAAGACGGAACAAAAGGAAACGACGGACGAUGGAAUGUCUGUCUGCUAGCAGUUAGCUCGAUCUUUGGUGCUUGCAUUCUCUUGACGUGCCAUCUAUGAGUUCCACCUCUGCAUUGUAGAUAUUUGUUUUUGCGCUAAGGGCACUGUAGCAGCACGAUUUACAGGGGAAUUACAUCAUGCACCUUAGAUUGUUUCUCGGCUUCCUUGUGAUGUAAAAGGGAUGAGCAGCACAGGGGAGAGUCAGACUGGCCCUGGUGGCUGAGUCCCUUGUGAGGAACAAUGCACGUCUCCCGUGUCGGCAUCAGCAAACUCUGCUUCCUGCUCUCCCUGGCCUUCUGUGCCUUCCUGCUGCUCCUGAUCCCUGGCUUGCAGCCUCCGCAGCGCCACAGUGACCCCCCUCAGCCUCGGCCCCACGCGAGGACCACAGGUAGCAGAACGGGGACGGCCAGCCGACACUCUAGCUACACAGUGGCCAUCCCUCUGAAACAACCCGGGAAGCAGUAUGGCAGUGCUGCGUCUCGUGGCAGAACCGGAGAAUCUAAGAACCCAGACACCAACGGCUCGGCUCGAACUGUGGGCAGCACUCUGUCCACAGGUAAACAACAGGCCCCCCCGAUACAGGAUCUUGUUCAUUAUCCACCUGGCCGACCUUGGCCUCAACCCAGAGAUCAGCUGGAGCUGAGAGACAUUUUUAUUGCAGUAAAAACAACUAGGAAAUACCACAAAUCUCGACUGGACCUGCUCUUCCAGACCUGGGUUUCUAGAGCAAAUGAGCAGACCUUUAUCUUCACUGAUGGAGAAGAUAAGGAACUAAGGAAGAAAGCAGGAGACAACAUUAUCAACACCAACUGCUCAGCAGCACACACGCGCCAGGCUCUCUGCUGCAAGAUGUCUGUGGAGUACGACAAGUUCAUCGAGUCCCAGAAAAAGUGGUUCUGUCAUGUGGACGAUGACAACUAUGUGAUCCUGCCCAGCCUGCUGCGGUUGCUGUCCUCUUACUCGCACACGCAGGAUGUGUACCUGGGCCGCCCCAGUCUGGACCAUCCCAUCGAGGCAGCCGAGCGAGUCAAGAGUGAUGGAUCUACGUCAGUGAAGUUCUGGUUUGCCACAGGAGGAGCCGGGUUCUGUAUCAGCCGUGGCCUGGCACUGAAGAUGAGCCCAUGGGCUAGCCUGGGGAACUUCAUAAGCACGGCAGAGAAGAUCCGUCUACCUGACGACUGCACCAUUGGUUAUAUCAUUGAGGCACUACUGGAGGUCCCGAUGACACACACCCGGCUGUUCCACUCACACCUGGAGAACCUGCAGAGGCUACCGAGUGACACUGUGCUCAGACAGGUGACCCUCAGCUAUGGUGGGUAUGAGAAUAGAAGGAAUGUAGUCAGCAUCGGUGGAGCCUUCUCCUUGGCAGAAGACCCUUCAAGGUUCAAAACAGUCCAUUGCCUACUUUACCCAGAAACGAGUUGGUGCCCCACUAAAAAACACCCCUGAAUUCCACGUCAGGGCAGACUGCUGGCCAGCUCCCCUGAAUUCCACCAGCUGUAUCACUGUCCAUUCCCUUUACAAACAGCAAGGUCUGCACAGGGAUUUGGAUAUUUAGAGCUGCUUCCUCCUCUAUUCUGUCUGGGAGUCCAUGGUCUGCUGUCCUUGGAGCUCUGCUCAGUUGUGCUUAGAACUCAGAAUGUGACUAGAUGCUGGCAUGGCAAUGUAUCAAAAGCUUUAUCUUAAGGGCUGUCGUGUAGUGGUGCGUCUGAAAGUGGAUGAAGGUACUUCAGCGAAGAGCUGGGAUUAGAUGCAAUAUUAAUUUAUUUUUUAUACUGUCAAAGAUUUGCUGGGCUUAUUUUAACAGAAGCUCGGGACCUGAGGCAACAUCCUGAGAGGAUUUUCUUGGGAAGUCAGUGUUAAAGGGAGGAAUAGCAUUCAAUCUGUUCUCCUGAAUGCAAGAAAUUCAAGACUGAAUAGUUUUUGUGCCCAGUUCAUACAGCAUGCUGCACUGUAGCACGUACCAUUUCUUUUACCCUUUUAAUGGUAAUAUUCAUUGCUUAUCGCACGAGAACAAAUCUUGUGGAAACAGUAUUACUGGGUCAUGUUCGUUCCUCAGAACAUUGUUCCAUCUAAAACAGAAAUAUGGACUGAAUUUUUCCUGUCAGAUGAGUGGUCCCAGAUAUUUUAUUACAUUCAUGGUUUUGUAUUUUUGUGUAUGAUUUUACUAUUGACUGUAAGUUAUGAUCUUAUUAAAAUGCCAUGUGAUCCAUUGCUGCAGUAUUUUAA